GUCACAACAACUGGUGUCAGAUCUCGCGUCAAAACAAUGUUUCGCCAAAAGAUCUCAAUUUCCGUCCUUUUAUUCGCGUUUUCGCUCUUUUUGGUCAAAGAUCUCGCCCUCUUUCGCACCAUUCAGUCCAUUACUUUCAACCGAAACACUUCGCUGCCUUUCCCUCAGAUCUCCGUCAAAACGGUGAUGUUGGAUCACGUGAACUGUUACGUCAUGAGUCCUCUGAGUCACGCGUUUGAGGAGAGUUUGAAACUGACGUCACGAUUCCCGCGACUGACGGCCAAUCACGUGUCGUACGCCGGUGUCGUCGUCGCGGGUGUCGCCGCGCGCGUCGUCCUCAGCGACACUCUGGCAGUGCGUCGUCUCGCUGUCGCCCUCUUUCUCGUGCGACAAUUCCUCGACGACUUGGACGGUCUCGUGGCCCGCAUUUCCACUGGACUCGCGCGCGAUGUCGACGUUUCGGUGAAGGGAACGCGCGGUUACGCUGUGGACGGCAUUUGCGACGCCAUUGGCUUCACGCUCUUCGUGGCCGCCGUUUUCGUCCAAUCGCUGCGCUCCUCGCGCUCCUCCGCCUACAAAGCGCUUUCCGCCGACUCGGAGGCGGAUUCGCGCGCGCGACGACUCCUUCUGCGGAACUUCGCGCUCUUCGGCCUCCAGAUGGCGAUCGCGUGCGUCCUCUGGAACCGCUAUAUCGACGCCUUUCACGGACUGCUCGAGACGCAGGCCACGCCCACAACCGUCCAGAUCCUUAAGUCCCGCCUCCAGUUUCUGGUCAUGUGGUUAUGGCGUUGCUAUGGAAACGCGCACCAACUCAUGACGUUCUUCCUGAUCGCCGUUUGGCUGUCGCGCGCUCCGAGUUUCGUGCAAAGCGUGCAUUUCGUGGGUUUCGUGGCGCUCUUCGGACUCUCGUUUCUCACGGAAAUCCAUUUGAAUGACGUAAGAAUCACAUGA